AUGAACAAAAUCUUCCCCCAGGGAGAUGGAGGUGACCAUGCUGCUGGAACCGAAGUCCUCCCCAGGGGGGAAGGGGCCCAGGCCUGUGUGACGCCAACAAACAGGACAGGCUUCCUGUGCCACGACCGGACGAGCUGCAUCCCAGCCAGCGGGGUCUGUGAUGGUGUCCGCAGCUGUGCCCACAGCGAGGAUGAGGAUGAGGCCAUGUGCCGGGACAUGCCCCAGAGCCUUCCCCGCUUCCUCGUGGCCCGCUGUGGAGACCCGUCUUCCUGGAUCUACUCAGACCAAAAGUGUGAUGGGACCAACAACUGUGGGGACUGCUCGGAUGAACUGAGCCCAGUGACUGUGUGCCCAGCCUGUGGCCCGGGGUGGUGGCGCUGCCCCUCCACCGUCUUCCCGUACUGCGGCUGCAUCCCGAGGAUCCUCUGCCGUGACCGCGUUCAGCAUUGCUCCGACUGGUCUGAUGAGUACUCCUGUCCUGGCCCCUGA